ACUGUCGGGUUCAGGGGCCUGCCCGGAGCCGCCCGACCUGGGUGCGCGGAGGACGCGCAUGGCGGCAGUGGGACCGCGGACCGGCCCGGGUGCUGGGGCUGAGGCGCUGGCGCUGGCGGCAGAGCUACAGGGCGAGGCGACGUGCUCCAUCUGCUUAGAGCUCUUCCGCGAGCCGGUGUCCGUCGAGUGCGGCCACAGCUUCUGCCGCGCCUGCAUCGCGCGCUGCUGGGAGCGCCCUGGCGCCGGGGCCGCAGCCGCAUCCCGCGGGAUGCCCUGCCCACUGCCCUGCCCGCAGUGCCGCGAGCCUGCGCGCCCCAGUCAGUUGCGGCCCAACAGGCAGCUGGCGGCAGUGGCCACACUGCUGCGGCGCUUCAGCCUGCCUUCGGCGGCCCCGGGGGAGCUCGGGUCCCCGGAGGCGGCGGCCCACUCGGUGGCUGUCCGGUGCGCUCAACACCGCGAACCUCUCAAGCUCUACUGCCAGGAUGACGGACGCGCCAUUUGCGUGGUGUGCGACCGCGCCCGCGAGCACCGCGCGCACGCAGUGUUGCCGCUCGACGAGGCGGUGCAGGAGGCCAAGGAGCUCUUGGAGUCCAGGCUCAGGGUCUUGAAGAAGGAACUGGAGGACUAUGAGGUGUUCCGGACCACGGAAGAGAAGGAGAGCAGGGAGCUCCUGAAGCAGAUGGCCGCCGAGCGGGAGAAGGUAGGGGCAGAGUUCCAGGCGCUGCGGGCCUUCCUGGUGGAGCAGGAGGGCCGGCUCCUGAGCCGCCUGGAGGAGCUAUCCCGGGAAGUGACACAGAAGCAGAAUGAGAACCUGACCCAGCUCCAGGGUGAGAUUGCCCAGCUCUCCAAGCUCUGCAGCCAGAUCCAGGAGACAGCUGGAAAGCCUGACCUCGACUUUCUCCAGGAAUUCAAAAGCACACUAGACAGGUCUGGCUCUCCUUUUUCUACCUCCUUCUGCCAAGAGGAUCUCACCGUCCUAACUGUCACAGCCCAGUGGGAGCAGGACGGUGUUGGUGGGCCUUCCUCAGAGCCCUUGUCCUGCAGAUGCAGCAAUGUGCCUGGCCCCAAGCCAACCACAGUCUCUUCUGAGAUGAAGAAUAAAGUCUGGAAUGUUUCCCUUAAGACCUUCAUCUUAAAAGGGCUGCUGAAGAAGUUCAAAGAGGAUCUUCGGGGAGAGCUGGAGAAAGAGGAGAAAGUGGAGCUCACCUUGGACCCCGACACGGCCAACCCGCGCCUGAUCCUCUCUCUUGAUCUGAAGAGUGUGCGCCUCGGCCCGCGGGCCCAGGACCUGCCCAGCCACCCCCGCCGCUUCGAUACCAACACCCGCGUCCUGGCGUCCUGCGGCUUCUCCUCUGGCCGGCACCACUGGGAAGUGGAAGUGGGCUCCAAGGACGGCUGGGCCUUCGGUGUGGCCCGCGAGAGCGUGCGACGCAAGGGCCUCACGCCCUUCACCCCCGAGGAGGGGGUCUGGGCUCUGCAGCUCAACAGUGGCCAGUACUGGGCUGUGACCAGCCCUGAGCGGACGCUCCUCAGCUGUGGGCACCUGUCGCGUGUGCGGGUGGCCCUGGACCUGGAGGUGGGAGCUGUGUCCUUCUAUGCCGUGGAGGACAUGCGCCACCUCUACACCUUCCGCGUCAACUUCCAGGAGCGUGUGUUCCCGCUUUUCUCUGUCUGCUCCACUGGCACCUACUUGCGAAUCUGGCCUUGAGGGGCACUACUGGGGGAGUUCCUCCUCUCCUGUCUGCCUGUGGGAAGAGCCGUCACCCUCUGGCAGAGCCACCUGGUCGGUCUGUCUUGGGUCUGCCCUCCACACUCUUGCCCCUGGCUGCCCAGGGCUUGCUACACACACAACCCUGGAGUCAUGACAGCAAGGAACUGUGGCCAUCUGAGUAGGGAAAGGAGGCCUUGGAUGCUUGGGAGCUGUCCCCUCCCUGGGGGCAGCAUGUGGAUUUGGCCAGAGCCCUGAGGAGGUGGAGGCGGUGGAGGACAGGAACCCAGCUCUUGCCGGGGGUGCUUCCUAUCACAGCGGCUCACUGCCCUGACUCAGGAGGGCCUUUGGUUCCAUGCAAUGAUGUCAAACCGGUCCUAUGCUCAAGGGCAAGUUUGGGCCUGGGACAGCCAGUUGCAUCAUCACUUCUGCUUUGCCUUCUUGAUAGCUGCCAGCUCUGCCUUGAGAGGCCACUGGACCUCUGGAUCCAACUGGCCUGAUAAAGUUGUCUACUCAGGGAGGAGCAAGGUGCUCCCAGCUCAUAGGAUAGUCUGAGCCAGAACUGGGAGGAGUCUCUUGAUGCAUUUGUGAGGGAAAAGCCCAGGACAACAGCAUGUAGGCAUUGCUACUUUCCAACAUCCCUUAGUCUGAUGAUACAGAGUGCUAUGUGCAUCCUGACCCCAGUGACACAUGUUCUUACAGAUACCUAACCCUCCACUUCCAAGUGUCAAAGUACAGCGUUCCUUGAGAUUAAAGCUUCUGGAACUUUGAAACAAAA